GCAGCGCCAUCUACUGACCACGUUUUCUGACUUCUUUUAAGGGCGAGGGGGACGAUUUAAAAAGUUGGAUUCCAGUAGUUUGCCGCCAGACUUCCCCCCGUGUCCCCCCCGAAGCCCCCCGGUCCGCGGAGCCCGCCGCCGGGCCAGCAGCAUCCUUCGGCGCCCUCCGGGCCGGGGCGCGCUCCGGAGCCUUCGCUUCUCCCAGGAUGACAUAAGACCCGGCUGGCCCUUCCCGGCCCCGGCUUUCGGCUCCUCCUCCAACUCCAGGCCUGGCGAGACUGCCCCGGGAAGCCUCCAAAAUGGAGCCUCUCGCAGCGACUCCGCUGAAAUGCUCCAUCCCCAAGGCCAGGCUGAUUGCCGUGUUGUUGUCUAUGGUUCUGUGCUCGGUAACCUUGUUCCUGCUGCAGCUGAGGUACCUAAAGCCUAAAAUCAAAGACUUCUAUUCUUUUGAAGUGAAGGAUUCAAAGGGAAGGACUGUUUCUUUGGAGAAGUACAGAGGCAAAGCUUCACUGAUUGUAAACGUGGCCAGUAACUGCCAGCACACAGACAGAAAUUACUUAGCGCUGCAGGAGCUGCACCGAGAGUUUGGAUCGUUCCACUUCAACGUCUUGGCUUUCCCGUGCAAUCAGUUUGGAGAAUCCGAGCCCCGCCCCAGUCACGAAAUAGAAGCUUUUGUAAAAUCCAACUAUGGCGUAACCUUCCCCAUUUUCCACAAGAUUAAGAUUCUAGGAUCUGAAGGAGAACCUGCAUUUAGAUUCCUUAUUGAUUCAUCAAAGAAGGAGCCAAGAUGGAAUUUUUGGAAAUAUCUUGUCAAUCCUGAGGGUAAAGUUGUGAAGUUCUGGAGACCUGAGGAAUCCUUGGAAGCCAUCAGACCAGAUGUAGCAGCUUUAGUUAGACAAAUCAUCAUUAAAAAGAAAGAAGACCUUUGAAACUGUCAAGUAUAUGAAUCUAAAGCAGCAGUGAGAGCAUCAAAAUGUCUAAAUGUCAUUUUGGUCAUAUCUUAAAUCAUUCCAACAAUUCUAGAACCCAAUUAAAUAUGAUCCAGAAGAAUGGUAUCUGUAAGUGGAAGAAUGAUCUCUAAGUGCCCACUAUAUAGAUGUUACUCUCUCUCCUUGCCCCUCAUCCCAAAGAGAUUUUUCAAGCUGCACAUAAAAUCAAAAUUAAAUGUAGCCUCAUCAAAAAGUUAAAAUUCAGAAUGCUUUACCACCAAAGCUCACUACUAUUCAUUUAACAUGAAACUUUUAUGUUUAUAAUCGAUGGAGUAAAUACAUUACUACCCCACUGCUAUGUAAAGGACAAUUAAAUUUGAACAAUAUAACUAAAAAUUUUGUAUGAUCAAUAUAAACAAAAGAGAGGUACUGGAGGUAUCAUAGGGCCUAAGAUAAAUGUGCAAUCAUAAUUAUGCAUUUUCAGAUUUGUAAAUAAAUUUUUAAGUAGAAUUCUUC